CUCUCCGGGCCGCGCCGCCGAAGCUGGCACUGAGGAGCGGCGGCCGCGGCGGCAUUGGGACCUGGGGACGCCAGCGCUCCGCUGGACACUGCGUCCCCCGAGAGCGCCCGGGGCACGCGCAUCUGCCUUCCGCGGUCCGGGGCUGCCCGGGGGCGUCCUGCGUUUCCCGAGAGCGGGCGUGUCCAGUGCCGGGCGGGAGACGAGCGCGGGGCCACAGCCUGUUGGAGCGCUGGGGGUGUCGGGCAGGGGGCGCGGGGAGCCCUGCCGGGGACCAAGCGGCCCGUUUCCUUGUGCAGAGCAGUUUUCUCGAACUCUCCGCCUCCGUCUCGUUGGGGCCCACCGCUGCCGGGAGACCCCAUCCAGACCUACCAAGAAAAAGAGUGUCAUGAAAAAGGAGCAGAAAGGAGACCUCACUGUUGGUGAAAGGGGAGUUUUCUUUCCCAGUUGGUGGUUACUUCAUGAUUGGAAGAGAAGUACCUAGGUGGCUGAAGAGAUGAGAUUUUCCUAGUCAUACUGAUGAAGCUGAUAAACGAAGACAGAAAAUGCUUUCUCUGGGUCAUAAUGGGCUGAUGAAUAAGUAAGCUUGGAAAGACAGAUCUGAAAUGAGGGCAAGAAUUUUGAGUGUUUUAAAACCAAGUAGGACUUUGAACACUUGUUGAGGAUAUUUUUAUCUCAAAAAUGGAGGAAGAAAAAAUUCUCAAAGCAGGAAGUGUAAAAAGCUGAGAGGAGUAACAACCUAAUCCUCUCCAAGAAUUUCAGUACUUCAUCACCUUCUCUGGACACACACAAGCAAAGGCAUCAGGCAUCCUAUCACAGGUGGUGGUAUCCUACGGCAGGAAUGAUUUCUUAAUUUGGAUUUGGGAGUGCUUUUUCUUUUUCACAACCUGUGUUUCUUGACUCGUCAAGUUAGGUAGAUUGAUGUCAAGGAAGUAAAUUGUGAAUUCAUAGUAUGUUUGACCUCUGCUGUGUGAUAUGGGAAAAUUAGAGGUUUUAACCUUCCUUGAAGCUUUAUUGGAAGCAGUACUGCGUCAGGGACACAAACCCACAGUAUAAGUUUUCUUUUUGGUGACUGUGCUUACUUUGAAUGAGCCGAAUGUUAGCUGGAUUUCACAGCGUAUGUGAUUUACAGUCUUUGUUUUAUCAAGGCCUUAAAUGUAUGUUUUAAACUCACCAGAUGGGAAACACAUUGAGUGCUGUGUGUGACACGUACGCCUAAAGAGAGGAACUCCCCGAUGGAUCAUGGCGUUAAUGUUUACAGGACAUUUCUUAUUUUUAGUGUUAGUGAUGUUUGCUUUCUCUACUUUUGAGGAAUCUGUGAGCAAUUACUCUGACUGGGCAGUUUUCACAGAUGACAUAGAUCAGUUUAAGACACAGAAAGUGCAAGAUAUCAGACCCAACCAAAAGCUGAAGAAAAGUAUGCUUCAUCCACAUUUAUAUUUUGAUGCCGGAGAGAUCCAAGCAAUGAGACAGAAGUCUCGCACAAGCCAUGUGCAUCUUUUUAGAGCUAUUAGAAGUGCAGUGACAGUUAUGCUGUCCAACCCAACAUACUACCUACCUCCACCCAAGCAUGCUGAUUUUGCUGCCAAGUGGAAUGAAAUUUAUGGUAACAAUCUGCCUCCUUUAGCUUUGUACUGUUUGUUGUGCCCAGAAGACAAAGUUGCCUUUGAAUUUGUCUUGGAAUAUAUGGACAGGAUGGUUGGCUAUAAGGACUGGCUGGUGGAGAAUGCACCAGGAGAUGAGGUUCCAGUUGGCCAUUCCUUAACAGGUUUUGCCACUGCCUUUGACUUUUUAUAUAACUUAUUAGAUGAUCAUCGAAGACAAAAAUACCUAGGAAAAAUAUGGGCUAUUACUGAAGAAAUGUAUGAGUAUUCCAAGGUCCGCUCAUGGGGCAAACAACUUCUUCAUAACCACCAAGCUACUAAUAUGAUAGCAUUACUCACCGGGGCCUUGGUGACUGGGGUUGAUAAAGGCUCUCAAGUAAAUCUCUGGAAACAGGUGGUAGUAGAUGUGAUGGAAAAGACAAUGUUUCUGUUGAAUCAUAUUGUUGAUGGUUCUCUGGAUGAAGGUGUGGCCUAUGGAAGCUACACAGCUAAAUCAGUCACACAGUAUGUCUUUCUGGCCCAGCGCCAUUUUAAUAUCAACAACUUAGAUAAUAAUUGGUUAAAAAUGCACUUUUGGUUCUAUUAUGCUACCCUUUUGCCAGGCUUCCAAAGAACUGUGGGUAUAGCAGAUUCCAAUUAUAAUUGGUUUUAUGGUCCAGAGAGCCAAUUAGUUUUUCUGGAUAAGUUCAUCUUAAAGAAUGGAGCUGGAAAUUGGUUAGCUCAGCAGAUCAGAAAGCACCGACCUAAAGAUGGACCCAUGGUACCCUCUACUGCCCAGAGGUGGAGUACUCUUCACACUGAAUACAUCUGGUACGAUCCCCAGCUCACCCCACAGCCUCCUGCGGAAUAUGGUACUGCAAAAUUGCACACGUUUCCUAACUGGGGUGUUGUCACCUAUGGGGCUGGGUUGCCAAAUACACAGACCAAUACCUUUGUGUCUUUUAAAUCUGGGAAGUUGGGAGGGCGAGCUGUGUAUGACAUAGUUCACUUCCAGCCAUACUCAUGGAUUGAUGGGUGGAGAAGCUUUAACCCAGGACAUGAACAUCCAGAUCAGAACUCAUUUACUUUUGCCCCCAACGGGCAGGUGUUUGUUUCUGAAGCUCUCUAUGGGCCCAAGUUGAGCCACCUUAACAACGUAUUGGUGUUUGCCCCAUCACCCACAAGCCAGUGUAAUAAGCCCUGGGAGGGUCAGUUGGGAGAAUGUGCCCAGUGGCUCAAAUGGACAGGUGAGGAAGUGGGUGAUGCAGCAGGGGAGAUCAUUACUGCCUCUCAACAUGGGGAAAUGAUAUUUGUCAGUGGGGAGGCAGUGUCUGCGUACUCUUCAGCAAUGAAGCUGAAAAGUGUUUAUCGUGCUCUACUUCUCUUAAAUUCUCAAACUCUGCUAGUUGUUGACCAUGUCGAGAGGCAAAACGGUUCCCCAAUAAAAUCUGUCAGUGCCUUCUUUCAUAAUCUGGACAUUGAUUUUAAGUACAUCCCAUAUAGGUUUAUGAACAGGUACAAUGGCGCCAUGAUGGACGUGUGGGAUGCACAUUACAAAAUGUUUUGGUUUGAUCAUGGUGGCAGCAGCCCCAUUGCUAGUAUACAGGAAGCAGAGCAAGCCGCUGAAUUUAAGAAACGGUGGACUCAAUUUGUUAAUGUUACAUUUCAGAUGGACUCCACAAUCACAAGAAUUGCCUAUAUCUUUUAUGGGCCAUAUGUCAAUGUAUCCAGCUGCAGAUUUAUUGAUAAUUCCAAUUCUGGACUUCAGAUUUCUCUCAAUGUCAAUAAUACUGAACAUACUGUUUCCAUUGUAACUGACUACAACAACUUGAAGACAAGGUUCGAUUACCUGGGAUUUGGUGGCUUUGCCAGUGUGGCUGAUCAGGUCCAAAUAACCAGAUUUGGCUUGGGCACUCAGGCAAUAGCAAAGCCCAUAAGACGUGAUAGAGUGAUUUUCCCCUUUGGAUUUAAAUUCAAUGUAGCAGUCGGAUUGGUUUUGUGCAUCAGCUUGGUGGUCUUAACUUUUCAGUGGCGGUUUUACCUUUCCUUUCGAAAGCUGAUGCGCUGGAUCCUCAUACUUGUGAUUGCCUUGUGGUUCAUCGAGUUGCUGGACGUGUGGAGCACUUGCACGCAGCCCAUCUGUGCAAAGUGGGCAAGGAUGGGGGCCGAGGCGAGCGCUAAGGCUUUGUCUCCCAAUGGGCACCACGUCCAUCUUCCUGAUGUCGUCAUUACCUCACUUCCGGGUUCCGGAGCCGAAAUUCUCAAACAACUUUUCUUUAACAGCAGUGACUUUCUCUACAUCAGGGUUCCCACAGCCUACAUUGACAUCCCUGAAACUGAAUUUGAAAUUGAUUCCUUUGUAGACGCCUGUGAAUGGAAAGCGCCAGAUGUCCACAGCGUGCAUUUCCGCUUACUCCGAGGCUGGCUGCAGUCCUUGGUUCAAGACACCAAACUCCAUUUGCAAAACAUCCAUCUGCAUGAAUCCAGUAGGGGUAAACUGGCCCAAUAUUUUACCACGAAUAAGGACAAAAAAAGAAAAUUGAAAAGGAGAGAGUCUUUGCUGGAACAAAGAAGUAGGAUGAAAGGCGCCUUUGAUAGAGACGCUGAAUACAUCAGGGCCCUGAGGAGACACCUGGUCCAUUACCCCAGCGCUCGGCCUGUGCUCAGCUUAAGCAGUGGGAGCUGGACCUUAAAGCUGCAUUUCUUUCAAGAAGUGUUAGGAGCUUCGAUGAGGGCCUUGUACAUAGUGAGGGACCCUCGGGCUUGGAUUUAUUCCAUGCUGUAUGGUAGUAAACCGAGCCUUUACUCUUUGAAGAAUGUACCAGAGCACUUAGCUAAACUGUUGAAAAUAGAGGGAGGCAAAGGCCAAUGUAACUUAAACUCAGGCUACGCUUCCGAGUAUGAAGCCUUGAGGAAAGAAUUAUCAAAACCCAAGCCACACGCAGUCUCCCUGCUGGCUCACGUGUGGCUGGCAAACACCGCUGCAGCCCUGAGGAUAAAUGCCGACCUGCUGCCUACCAGCUACCAGCUGGUCAAGUUUGAAGAUAUCGUGCAUUUUCCUCAGAAAAUCACAGAAAGGAUUUUUGCCUUUCUUGGAAUUCCUUUGUCUCCUGCUAGUUUAAACCAAAUAUUGUUUGCCACCUCCACAAACCUUUUCUAUCUUCCCUACGAAGGGGAAAUAUCACCAACUAAUACUAAUGUUUGGAAACAGAACUUGCCUAGAGAGGAAAUUAAACUGAUAGAAAACAUCUGCUGGACACUGAUGGAGCGUCUAGGAUAUCCAAAGUUUAUGGACUAAAUGCUGCAGAUUACAACCCAGGAGUAAAUUCCAGAGCCUCCAGCCAGAAACUCAGCUUUCCAGCAAGGAGUGCAAGAGAGAAUGCACCUCUGCAUUGGGACCAAGUGCCACAGACCUUUGAUAAUAGCGUUCAUAACAUUGAAGAGAGGGAUUCCUUUCCUGUGAUUGAUUUUCCUUGGAUAUUGCUGUCAACACUCUUGCUAAGGUUUACUGUAUGCAGAUUACAAAACACUCUUUUGUUGAUCCUUGCCUAUGCCAGCUCUGCUGCCCCCACCCCUACCCCCCCCAUUUAUCAAGCUGUAGGUAUUAUAGAUAUGCAAGACAGAUUAUGCUAAUAUGUUGACACUGAAAAGAUGUGCUGACCCCAUCGGAAGCCCUCCCCUAUGAUAAAUUUCUGUGGCCAAAGCUGGGACCUAGAGUCAGAAUUCCUAUGCUCACACACUACAAUAUGGUACAAAGCAUACAUAUCUGACCUUUCAUGACCAUGUCCUCUUGCUCCGACCAGCUCUCCCAGAGGUAAUGUCUACCCUGGAUUUUAUGUUUACCAUCUCCUUGCUUUUCUUUAUAGUUCCACCACAUAUGUCUCUAUCUUACCAACAUACUGUAUAUUUUUGCAUGUUUUUAUGCUUUAUGUAAACAGUAACAUUCUGGAUAUAUUCUUGUGCAAUUUGCUUUUCUUUGCUCAGAAUUUUAUCUAAUGCAUGUUGAUGUCUGUAGGUGGAGAUCAUUUAUUUUCAACAUGACAGUGUUCCCUUAUAUGAGUAUGCUAUUAUCUGAAAUACCAUACUUUAUCUCGUAUCUUGGUAGAUUUGGGGUACAUUUUUAAUUUUUACAAAUUCAACCAUUAUAUAUAAAGCUUCUAGUAUAUGUCAUAUAAUGCACAUAUACAUGAAUUUUGUCAUUGUGUUUUGUUUGUCCCAGAGUGUUUCCACCCAGCCCCACUCUAGCCUAGAAUAUAUAUUUGGGCUCAAAGCACAUCCUCAACUGUUCUAGAUGCUACCAAAUUAUUUUUACAGAUUGUCUGUACAAAUUGACUUUCCAGCCAUUAUCAAAAUUUUUUGUUGCUCCAGAAUUUCUCCUGAAUUUGACCUUCUUCAUACUUUUAAAUAUUUUCUUGUCUGGUGGGGGUAAAAGGAUGUUACCUUUUUCCUUUUUUUUUUUUUCCUGCAUUCCUCUGAUUAUUAAUGACAUAGAGCACACACAGUAUGUAGUCCUUAUUUUUUCCAUUUAUGUUUCUUCUUUGGUGAAACAAAAUCCACGUUCAUGUCUUUUAUCCAUUUUUCCAUUGUGUUCUUUUUUUCUCAUUGAUUUGUUGAAGUUUACAGUAUAUUAAUACUAAUCUUUUUUUGGUUAUAUUUGUUGUGAAUAACUUCUUGGCUUAUAUUUUCAUGAUCUUUGUAUUAUGACCUUUGUGAUAUACUUUGAUACACAGGUGUUCUUAAUUUGAAUGUAAACAAAUACGUUAGUGUUUUGCUUUAUUAUUUAUACUUUUUUGCAUAUUAUUAAAGAAUCUUUCUUAAGGUUUUGGCACUGAAAAUGUUCUCUAUUUCCUUCUAAGCAUUUUAAUUUUCUUCUCAUUAUCUAUUGCUGCAAAACAAUAUUAUCUCAAGUGUAAUGGUCUAGAACAGCACACAUUUAUUAUCUCACAAUUUCUGUUGGUCAGGAAUCCAGGCAUGGCUGAACUGGGUCCUUUGCUCAGAGUCUAAUAUGUGGCUGUAGUGAAGUUGCUGGCAAGGACUGGGAUCUGUCUUGAUACUCAGCUAGAGAAGCAUCCCUUCCAAGCUCAUGGGGUUGUUGGCAAGACUUAGUUCCUUGAGGGUUGUUGGACUAAAAGUCUCAGUUCUUUUAGAGUCUACCUGCCACAGAUUCUUUUAUAUUUAAAUACUUAAUCUGCUUUACAUGAAUUGCUGUCUAUUCUGAAAUCUUUUUUUUUUCCUGUAUGAAUAACCUGCUAUUCUAGACUAAAAAGACUCAGUAACCUUUUCUUUUCCACUACCCUUUAAUGCCAUCUCUACCAUAUAGGAAGUCCUUAUAUUUUGUAUGAGUUGAUUUCUGAGCUCUACUGUAUUCCACUGGCAAAUUUGGUUACCCAAUGACAAUACUGCACUAUCUUAAUUACUGUAGUCCUUUCAUUAGCCUUGAAAUCUGGCAAGGCAAGUGUUUUGAUUUUCUUUUUCCUCAUUUCUUAAGCUUUUCUUCUUCCAUAUGCAUUUCAGAAUUAGUUUGCACAGUUCCUCGGAGUAAACAAAGAACAAUACUUGUUUUUUUGUUUGUUUGUUUUUUACUGCACCCACGGCAUAUGGAAGUUCCCAGGCCAGGGAUGUUCCCCAGCUAGGGGGAGAACCUGUGCCAUGGCAGUGACCCAAGCUGUUGCAAUGACAAUACAAGAUCUUUAACCCAAUGCACCACAAGAGAACUCCAGAAAAAUACAUGUUAACUGUAAAUGCACUACAUCAAUUUUUGAGAGAAUCGACCUCUUUACAUUAAUUAAUGCCUAUUACUAAGCAUGAUAUGUCUCACCUUUUACAUGUGUUAAUCCUUUGAUAGACAAGUAUGAGCACUUUAUAUAUUAUUAUUACAGUGGAUGAUAUUUAUUUUUAAUUACAUGUUCUAACUGAUGCUAGUAUAUAGAAAAUACAAUUAACUUUUGUGUAUUUAUAUUGUAUCAGGGAACUUACCCUCUAAUUUAAUAAUUUACCUAUAAAUUCUUUCCCGAAAUACUUAUAUAGGUAGUUUUGUAAUCUUACAACUUUUAAUCUUACAACUUUGUAAUGUUCUUACUGGAUUUGUUAGGACUCUCUGUAAAAUACUGAAUGGAUUUGAUAAUGUGAAUGUCUGUGUACUGUUCCUAAUGCGAAUGGAGUGCUUCUGUAUUUUACCACUGAGCAAAUGGAUGGAUGCUGUGUGUAUUUCAGAGAUUCACCUGAUCAGGAUGUGGUAGUCCCUUCCACUCCCAGUCAAUAAAUGACUUUUUAUCAUCAGUG